CCCGAAACACCACCUCGACCCCUCCAUCCCGUUCUCGCACCCACUCAAGACCAUAGAGAAUGCGAGCAACCACCGGGAGGUUAUGCCGAGCGUUCCUCCUAACCUUCUUCCUCGCAAUCGCGGGGUCAGUUAUCGCCGUAAAACAACACGAUUUCAAGAAAUGUCAUCAAUCGAGGUUUUUGCCAACGGUAGACUUCCAGUUCUGUGGUGACGACUGACAUUGGCAUGAACAGUUUCUGCCACCGUAACAGGCAAUUGGCGGAUCGAGCCGCUGAGGCUCCGAAGUGGACUGCGCCGUACGCACUUAAUCCAGCAACUAUUGCGGUUGAUUCGGGGGUGUUGACGGGCAUUGUUCUCAAAUCCCUCAAUGGUGGUGCCGAGACCGUUGAGCUUCCUCUCACUGUCUCGUUUCUUGCUUCCGGGGUUGCGAGAGUGACCCUGGACGAGAAGAAACGUCAACUCGGCCAGAUCGAGUUGAGUAACGACCGCAUCCGCAAAGAACGCUACAACGAAGCCGAGAAAUGGACGAUCGUUGGUGGACUCGACGCAGAUACCAGUAUCGACUCCUCCGCCAUUUUUGCGAACGACGAGAUCACCGUUGUCAAGUAUGGACCCGCCAAGAAUUUCGAGGCAGUCAUCACACACUCCCCGUUCUCCCUCAAAUUCAUGCGUGACGGCGAGGAGCAGAUCGUGUUGAACGACCGUGGUCUUUUCAACAUGGAGCACUGGCGCCCACGCGACUCGACUCCCGAGGAGGGUGUGGAUCAGCACGGCCUUUUCGACGAAUCCUUCUCCGGAAAAUCCGACACAAAACCCCGUGGCCCCGAAUCUGUCGGUCUCGAUAUCUCCUUUAUCGGAUACGACCACGUCUUCGGCAUCCCGGAACACGCCUCCCCGCUCUCUCUACGCGAGACUCGUGGUGGUGGGGAUGGAGCCUACGACGAACCGUAUCGGUUGUAUAAUCUGGACGUGUUUGAGUAUGAGUUUGAUAGCCCGAUGAGUCUUUACGGUGCGAUUCCGUUCAUGCAGGCGCAUAAGAAAGGAGGGGAUGUUGCUGUGUUUUGGUUGAAUGGGGCGGAGACUUGGAUUGAUGUUGUGAAGAAGAGGACCGAGAGAACUACGACUCAGACCCAUUGGUUCUCGGAAUCUGGGUUGUUGGACGUGUUCGUCUUCCUUGGGCCCACAGCUGAGGAGAACAUCAAGUCUUACUCCCAACUGACCGGGACCACCGCGCUCCCUCAGACAUUCUCGAUCGCGUACCACCAGUGUAGGUGGAACUACCUUUCACAGGAUGACGUCGCACAAGUCGACGCCAAAUUCGAUGAGCAUGAUAUCCCGUAUGAUGUUAUCUGGCUCGACGUGGAACACACGGAUGGCAAGAGGUAUUUGACGUGGGAUGAGGCUAAUUUUCCGGAACCGGAGAAGAUGCUGGAAGCGUUGGAUAAGAAACAGAGAAAGCUCGUCAAUAUUGUCGAUCCGCAUAUUAAGAAAGAUGAUAAUUACCACGUGUACCAGGGUGCGAAGGAGAACGACGUCAUUGUCAAGGACAACAAUGGGAAUAACUAUGAGGGGUGGUGUUGGCCCGGUUCCUCGGUUUGGGUUGAUUUCUUCAAGCCGAAGGCCGUGGAGUGGUGGAAGAGUCUGAUGACGUAUGAUGCGUACAAGGGCUCUGCGAAGAACUUGUAUGUCUGGAACGAUAUGAAUGAGCCUGCGGUUUUCAGUGGCCCUGAGAUCACGAUGCCGAAGGAUAAUAUUCAUGAAGGUGGGUGGGAGCAUCGUGAUGUUCACAACAUCAAUGGAAUGGUGUUUCACAAUGCCACAGCUCUGGCACUGAUGAACCGCGACGGCGACAAGCCUUUGCGUCCCUUUAUCCUCACCCGCUCCUUCUUUGCCGGAACCCAACGCAUCUCAGCCUCCUGGACUGGCGACAACCUCGGUAACUGGGACCACCUCGCAGUCUCGAUCCCCAUGGUUCUCUCGAACGGAAUCGCCGGUAUGACAUUCACCGGUGCGGAUGUCGGUGGCUUUUUCGGUAAUCCGAGUCCGGAGUUGUUGGCGAGGUGGUAUCAGGUUGGAGCAUUCUAUCCGUUCUUCAGGGCACAUGCGCAUAUUGAUACCAAGAGGCGGGAGCCGUGGUUGGCGGGGGAGCCGUGGACAGGCUACAUGAAGGAGGCCAUUCGGGGGAGGUAUAGGUUGUUGCCAACGUGGUAUACGGCGUUUAGGAGGGCGAGUGUUGAUGGCAUGCCAGUUUUGCGGCCGAUGUAUUUGGCGUUUCCGGAUGUGGAGGAGGGCUUUGGGGUUGAUGAUCAGUUCUUCCUUGGGGAUUCGGGGAUUUUGGCUAAGCCUGUUACGAAGGAGGGUCAUGACAGCGUCAGUGUUUGGCUUGGUGAUGAGCAGCCGUACUAUGAUUACAGCAACUACGACGUGCAUCAAGGAAAGGGACAGACGACGGUUUAUGCACCGAUUGAUAAGACCCCCAUGUUGAUUCAGGGUGGUAACAUCUUUGUGAGACGUGAUCGUCCUAGGAGGUCCUCGCCCGCGAUGAAGUAUGAUCCGUUUACUUUGGUUGUUGCGUUGGAUAAGGAUGGGAAUGCGAAGGGAAGAUUUUAUUUGGACGAUGGGGAGACGUUUGAUUAUACUAAGGGCGGCUACAUCGAGCGUACUUUCACUUUCGAUGGAAAGAAGGCAACGUUGAGAAGUGACAGUUUGAAUGAUGCCGCACCAGGGGAGUUUUUGAAGGAUAUGGAGAGGGUGCGGGUGGAAAAGGUCAUCAUUGUCGGUGCAAAUGGACAGCAGCUGGGUCAAGUGCAUUCUGUGGAUGUUUUGCAGGGUGGAAAGAAGUGGGAGACGGAGGUGGAGUAUGUAAAGAGCGGUGAUGGGAAGGUUGGAGUGUUGACCGUUAGGGACCCUGCUGUCACCAUUACGGAGGAUUGGACCUUGCAAUUGAGGGUGGGUAAGAUUGAGCUGUGA